AUGGCGACUACCACUUCGUCAUACUUUCCUCUAGCGACGGAGGACCCAGCCACCCGAGGCAAUGACAGCGGUUCCGGUUCGGCAAACUCUGGUGGUGCAAUCGAUAGUGAUGCAGGAGCAUCCGGUACCAGCUCUGGAGGUGUUCAAUUAUCGCAUGGGGCCAUGGUUGCCAUCAUUGUGGUCGUCUGUGUCGUCGCUGUGCUCGGCAUCUCAAUGGCUGUUCUCUUCUAUAUUGCUAAGAAGCGGGAGUGGAAGAUCAAAGAGACUAUCCGCAAGUCGGCUAAGAAAGUGGUCACUGCCCUGACACCUCGCCGCUCCGAGUUUCCCAAAUCCGUCAAAGAGUUGUCGGGGAGAUCAUCCCGAAAUCGUGUUCGCCUUGACGAUGUGCCACCGACCCCACGUCUGCGGCCCGAGGAUCUUGAAAAGGGCUAUGCGCAGCCAAGUACUCGACAGAGCCCAGAAGGACGGAGCAAACGAAGCAAGUGGCCAAAGAAGUAA